AUGGCUGCAAUGCUCCCACAAACCAUACCGAGCAUUUUCUUACAGACAACGAAAUAUAAAACUACCGGCGAAAGACAUAAAACUGUCACUAAAGCUAUCGGAAGAUUUAUAGUUAAAGAUCUCCGACCGUUCAGCAUCGUGUCAAACGAAGGUUUCAAAGAUAUGGUUGAACAACUUGAUCCGAGGUACCAGUUACCAUCACGCACUUAUUUCGCCGAAACUGUCAUACCUAACAUGUACCAGGAAUGUCGCGCUGACGUUAUUUCCAGUCUCAAGGAUGUCCCAGUAGCACUCACGACUGAUGGAUGGACAAGUAGAGCAACCCAGUCUUAUGUUACUAUAACAACUUCUCACAUCACUGAAGACUGGAACCUGAAGUCAUUCGUACUUCAAACAAGAGAAUUGCCAGAGAGCCAUACAGGUGUAAACAUUGCCCAAGUUUUAACUGACGCAAUUUCUGAAUGGGGCCUUAACAAGAACCCUCCUUUGGUCACUGAUAAUGCGGCAAAUAUGGAAGUUGCAGCGAGAGAGGCAGGUUGUAUUCCUCAUAUUGGAUGCUACGCUCAUACACUCAACUUGGCAGCGCAGAGGGGCCUUAAGGUGAAUUCUGUGUCACGAAUUCUUGCUCGUGUACGGCGCGUCGUAUCCUUUUUUCACCGGAGUACGACUGCUGCAGCUUUGCUUAAAGAGAAAACCAAACAGCAAGGACUUAAAAAUGUUAAGUUACUUCAAGAUGUACCCACACGUUGGAAUUCUGCAUGUGAUAUGCUGGAGUUUCUUGAACUGCAGCCCGCAAUCUAUGCCGCACUAGUGGCUAAAGAAAUCCGCAGCAAUGUGAAUGACAUAUCAACAUUAUCUGAGGCAGAUAUUACGAUAGCAGAGGACAUUGUGUCGUGCCUUCUUCCACUGAAAGCAAUUACUACUGUAUUGUGCACAGAGAAGAUGCCUACUGUAUCAAUCAUUCUUCCACUCCAGAGGAAAUGGUUGACAAGUGUCUUGGUGUCUACAGAGAUGGAUUCUGAUGUUAUUAAACAGAUGAAGAAGGCCAUGGCUUCUGAUUUGGAAAGCAGGUAUAGCAAUAAGCAGGAGUUUCUGAAAGAGUGUACUGCACUGGAUCCCCGCUUUAAAGUGUCAUGUGUGAAUGCAGAGCAGCAACAUGAGGUGUACCACAGACUUGCAGUUGAAGCAGCUAAUAUGAAACCACGACUUGUGUCUGUGAAGGUGGAACCAACCACAUCAACCACAACAGUUGCUGAUGACCUACCUACAUUGCCAGUCAUGCUACCAGAUAUGGAAUCAGCUGAUGCACAGUCUGAUGUCAAACCAGUUGAUGAUGUCACUACAACCUCGACAAAGAUCACAAGUGACCUCACUACUCAGUCUAGUUGUGCCAGUGGUGGUUUAGCCUCCAUUUUAGGUGAUGUUGUUUUCAUAAAGGAGGAGAUGUUACCCAAGAAAUCCAACUUGGAACGGGCAAUAUUCGAAAUUGAUGUCUUCAAAGGUCACGCGCUUAUACCGAUGUCAGAAGACCCAUUGGUAUGGUGGAAAGAACACCACUGGCAAUUUCCUCUUCUCUCACAGUUAGCCAGGAAACGGUUGUGUAUUCCAGCCACAUCAAUACCAUCAGAACGCGUGUUCAGUACAGCUGGGGACAUUGUCACAGCACAGAGGGCCGCACUCAAUCCUGAAGUUGUGGACAUGCUCAUAUUCUUGAAGAAAAAUAUAGCCUAA